UGUACAUCAAUAUUCAUUAAUGAAUAAAAAUAGAACUUUUACCCAUUUUUUCAUAAAAAACGCGAAAAAAAAACAUUUAGACAAGCGGUCAAAAUGUAAUGGAGUUCUAAAUGUGACGCCAACAGCUGCUAGGGAGUAUCCACACGGGAUCCCUGAUCCCUCUUCCUUCCCGAUCCCGGGGCCGUCCUCGUCCGAGUUUUUGUAUGCGCACGCCAUCUCUACAAUUUCGAGUUCAUAGAUUAAGAUACGUCUUCUGUGAACACCAUGGAGACUAUAUACAGUAUAUAGUCUCCAUGGUGAACACUCUGAGUCGACACCAGAGCCAAGCCAACAAAUACCAACAGAACAAAACAGAAUCUGUUCGAGUGUACAAACUGACACUGCAUGCCGAAGGCAUGGUUUAGAAAUGAGUAACUGAUGGAACUUUACAAUCUAUUUUUCACUUUUAAUGGGUUAUAUUUACAGUUUUUGGUUGUUCACAUGUACGGGACGGCUUAAUUGAUUUGGUACACGCACGUAAGUAAAGUACGAAAAUGAAAUUAAAAAUGCCGAAUAAGUUUAAUGCAAAACUGGUUAAAAACAAACUUCUCGAAGAAGAUCAAUUUAUUUCAAAUAUUUUCUCGAAAAUGCCUUUACCCGUAAACGAACUUGUUGCACAAAAUGGUCAUGAACCGUUGGAAGCAAAUUGGAACUCAAUUAAAAAAGACAAAUCAUUUUCAAAAUCUGGAGAUAAGACUGAUCGAGCACAAAAUUUUGAAGAGCUUCAUGCAAAAUUCAACGAACUUAAAGGCAAAAAGUUAAGUUACAAAGAGAAAUUAGUUAAGAAAGGUCUCAAAAAUAGGAUGUCAAAGAAAUCUAAAAAAGAAGGAAGGUUAAUGAAGAAGAAAUUGGUUCGUACGGAAAGGGUGGCAACUGAGUCAUCAAAAAUUAAAAAUGAUCCAGAUGCUCUGGAACUUCCAAAAGCCCCUAAACAAAAGCCUAUUUUCAAUUCACAAGGUAACAUGGUAUUCAGCAAGUUUGAUUUCUCCGAAAUAGGGACCAAAAAAAAACUUACAAAAAUAGAAAAAGAUCCAAAAAAGAUUUUGUUACAACUUGAGGAAAAGAAAAAGAAGAUAAAGGAGUUGGAAGAAGCUGGAGAGAAGGAAAAGGCUGAAGAAUAUAAAGAAAAAGAAGCAUGGAAAGCAGCAUUAGCUAAAGCUGUUGGAGAAAAAGUAAAAGAUGAUCCAGAACUUUUGAAGCGUACCAUAAAAAGGGAAGAGCAGAAAAAGAAACGCAGUCAGAAAAAAUGGGAUGCUAGAAAAGAUAAAACACAAGGAGUAAUUCAGGACAGACAGCAGAAGAGGAUGGAAAAUAUACAAAAGAGAAAAAAAGAAGUCAAGACAAACAAACUGAAAAAAGCUGCUAAGAAAGGUCGUAUAAUACCAGGAUUUUAGAAAAAA